AUGGUUUUGGGGCAUAUUACUGUUCAUAUGUGGGGACUUGACGGCAAGCCAAGUUUAGUUUCUCCCGAAUCUAUAGCACUGUUUUGGUUUCUCAAUGGACAGUACACACAAGAGAAAAAUGUUCAAAAUAUAGACAUAUGUUUUACAAACAAUACAGAUCUGUCGCCAGAGCAAGAAUUACCAGUUCUGAUCGACGAAAGCGGCAGUAAAGUUUCUGGCUUUGUAAACAUCAUAGAGUCGUUGACCAAGGAUCGCAGUGAUGAUCAUGGUGACAAACUCCUUCAAAGUGCAUUAUUGCAAUUUACAACUACUCAGUUAACAUCUCUUACCGAGUAUCAGUUAUACCUAAAUAGACAGAACUAUGAGAAGUUUACACGAAAUGCGUUUACUCAAUUGUUAUAUUGGCCUAUGUGGUAUAACACACCUGCAAACUAUAGAACACAAGCACGCGAAUGCAGCGGCAUCAUUCAGUACGCAAGUCAUGAAGACGAUCCAGAUACUCAUGAGCCUGUCGUCCAGUCGUUGGAUCCAUCUGAUUUGGCACAAUCGAAGGCGUUUAAGGUCACACAACAACAAAAAACAAUGGACAAAGAAGCUCUACAGGAGGUGAAACGGAACCUGGUUUAUCUAAAUAAACUCAGCGAACGUUUGAAAACGUGGAUACAAAUUAGAGAACGUUCUUUUUCUGAGAAAAUCAUUCCAGCAGACCUGCUCAUGUGGGCUAAUAUAUACGUCCAACUACAACUCCCGGACGGCCAAAAAAUAUCGAAGCACCUCUCGCAUGCCCUUGGAACAGACUUUUUCGACACUUUACAGAAACAGCUGCUGGCUUGUUCUAAUUCCGACUCGUUAAUUCCUGAGAGAAAGCCUAACUUCCAAGAACAGGGCAAUGUUGUCAUGGCAGUUUACAACCUAGUACGCAGAUACAUCAAAUGA